AUGACUGGAAUUUCGUCCAGGAAAAGAGAAGAGAGGAACCAAAGUUCCAGUGUCACCAUGAAUAUGCUUGUGAAAGUUUGCCUCUUUUUGAUGGCCGCCGUGGCCUUGACCCACCACAAUCAGGUUUCUGCUCAGAUUGAUUGUGCUGGAAUGAAUGCCUUGUCAGAAUGUAUGCGCCCCGGAGAUACCACCAAUGCCACUGGGCAGUUUAUUUGUCGCCGUCGUUACAACCCCGGUCUUGGACAGGUCACGCACCAAACCCUUUGUAUUGCCACAUCCUGGGGAUCAAGCUCGGAUCGUUGUGGGUGCUGUGCCACUGGAUGCCCCACGUCCUGCAGCGAGCUUUGCCCCUUUGCUCCCGGACAGGGACCUCCCUAUGGUCGCUGGGUCUAUGAUUGGGAGUCCAUUACCCCAUACCGCAUGUGUGUCACUCCCGGACGAUCCUUGCAGUUGCAGCAGCAAAAUGGAAACCGUUGGAGGUGCCGUCAAAGGAACAACUGGUUCAGCCGUACGUUUUAUGGAGAAGAACCCAAAUGGAAUUCGAAAGGCACUGCUGACUUCUGGCCCUAG